AUGGAAUCAAUGGAAUAUGAGCUCGCAAGGAAUCUUACUCUGUUGUUCUUCGUGGAACGCCUGCUCGAUAAAGGCGAGCCGCGGACGCUGCACGAUCUUUCCUGCCAGUUUGGUGCCAAAGGAUUCACGAAAGAGAUGCGACAAAUUGCUGGCGGGUCACAAUCGGGGUUGAAAAAGUUCCUCGCGCAGUACCCGGCGUUGUUCAGCAUAGACGGGGACUAUGUUGAUAUCAACACGUUCCAGAAACACGCUAGCGGGCUAGGGCCUUCUUCCAACAACGACUACAUCGAAGAGGCCAAGGAAUACUUCGCCAGUAAGAUGAUCCAGUACGGUGAGGGAACCGAGGUACCCAUCAAGAGUCUCCUCGGUCACCGCAGUCAGGCCUCCCCGCAGGUACGUCACAUCUCUGGACAGCGCAUAAAAGAGUUUAAGGAUUUUCUGUUGAAGCACCCAGACACCUUCCAAAUCGUAGACGACAACGUCAUUCUAGUCAGUGAGAAUCACAGGCGCGGAAACACGUGUAGUAACUCAGAGCAGUUUCACAAUCUUCCUGUAGCUAAUAUAAACACAGAUACGGCACAGCAGUUGCUGGACUAUGUCGCACAAUGUAUAGAGGCUAAAGGUCCAGUUAUGGUUGACCAGCUCUUCCAUUUGAUCGUCUCCCGUUUCCCACAAGAGUACUGGUAUCAAAUGUUCAAAUCUCCAGCUGAUUUGAGCGCUUUUCUCAAAAUAUUCUCUGACAGUUUUCAUGUUCAGUCAAACCUGGUCACUCUAAUCAGCAAGCCAAAAAUACCUGUUAUGUAUCUAAAUGCUAAAAAUGUUAAAGCUAAGACUGAUGCACCAAAGCCAAUUGUGGAUGAGACACCAGUUUCGCCUGUUCCCCUCACAGUGGCUAGUCCAACUCCGUCUGAUGGCAAGAAGAGCCCUGCAAACAGAAUACUCAGUCCUACAGAAUCUCCACGUGGUCCACAAGCAAAUAUUGCAAAUCAAACUUUAAAACAAAGAAUAAAUUCCAUUGUAAUUAAAAAUCUAGCUGAAAACAUGGUAAGGGACAGGGUUAAUAAUCAUUUGAAUGCCCGCCCUGAGGAAAUUAACGGUACUCCAAGUUUGAGGAACAACAUCAUGGGAGAGGCUUGGCGUCAGAAAGUGCUUCAGUGCACAACAGUGAUAGCCAGUGCUAGAGAAUGUUCCACAUUGAUUGAUAGUAUUAUGAAUGUGAAACGCAAUGGAAAAAGCAUUGUUUCAUUUGACUGUGAGGGAAUAAACCUAGGUUUAAAAGGUGUUCUUACAUUGUGUCAGAUUGCUACCAUGAAUGGAGAAGUUUACAUACUUGAUAUUAUGGCGUGCCCAUCUAUGGUUGUGGAAGGUAAAAUAAAAGAAUUACUUGAGAGUGAGAAUGUUAUUAAAAUUAUACAUGAUUGUAGGAAUGACUCAGUCAAUUUACAAAAUCAAUUUGAGAUUACAUUGAAGAAUGUAUUUGAUACGCAAGCAGCCCAUGCUGUGUUGCAGUUGCAGCAGCAAGGUGUUCCUGUUUACAAGGUUAAGAAUUUAAGUCUAAAUGCUUUAUGUGAGUUGUAUAAUGCUCCAAUGAAUCCUAUGAAGGAACAACUCAAAAAUGUCUAUCGUAGAGACCAGAGAUAUUGGGCUAGGCGUCCUCUUACUAAAGACAUGAUAAUCUAUGCUGCAUCUGAUGUCCUAUCUUUAGUGAAUCCCGCUAUUUAUGCUUACAUGUCUUCAAACAUAAAGCCUGACAAUCAACAGCUUCUUGAGGAAUUGAGCAAUGAGCAGGUAUUUAUGCAUAUCCAACCAACAGAAGUCAAACUCCGUAAAAGGCAGAGAAAAAUCAACACUGAAGUUGGCGAGUUGAAAAUGAAGCUGUCUGAGUCCACAAAAAAUAUUGUCUUGAGCAAUAGGGAGAUUCGAUUAUUGAGAUAUUUAGAACUCACUGAGGAAGAAAAAGAAAAGCUUAAGGGAUGCCACAAGAUUUCGAAGAAAUUAGAGAAGCUUGAAGCUAUUGGACAGGAAAAGGAUUCAGAUUCUGAAGAUGAUGAAAAGGAGAAUGAAAUGGCAAGUUUGGAAUCAAAUCCCUCCGAUUCUAUUUCUUCCCCACACUCGACACAGCCUCCUAGCCUCACGGAAUCUAUGCAAAUGAUGGAUGAGAUUUUAUCAGACACAAACAUGGAUAAAGUGGAGAAGAUAAACCGUUUAGAGGCGAUAUUGUCGGCUGUUGCGCCACUGAGUGGGGAGUUAGAAGACAAAUUCUCCCAGACUAUGGAACAAACACUGCCACUGCUCAAAAACAAGGACUGGUCUAAUCUCAGUCAGAUAUUAAAUUUAGAUAGCGAUAGAAAAAAUUGCACUUGCAAAUGCCAUAACCCUACAUUCGAUGACGUAAAAUGCAAAGAUCUCAAUGAAACAAAGAAAGCGGAUGUUGCGUCCCAAACUUUGAGCACAGGGGACAUUGUCAUCACGAGGAUCCACUUUCGAGAAGAGGACAAACUCAAUGAAAGGAUCUUAGACGCGUCGCCGAUGAGCAAAAGAAUUGGGAUCAACAACAUGUCUUGAUUCACUUCCAUUUAUCUGAGUGCCACAGUUAAGUUUCGGAACUCCUUUUAAUUUGUGAUCGAUCCGAUUAGUUAUUUAAGUUUUGAGAGAUAAGAUCGUUAACCGUACCCUAGUUUUUAGCGUGUUCGAGCGUGGUUCUAAUGGAUGCCGAAU